GGCGGGACUGAAGAGUGACGCGACUGCCAUCGGGCGGAUCCCGUGAUGGCUGUCAGUGGCGCUGCUGCUGCGGUUGCUCUGUCACUCGCUGCACUCCCGGCAACUGCUUCAGGAGCCUUUCUCGGUCGCCGCAACAGCGCUACCAUGACCGACGACAAGUCCGCCGAGUCCGCCAACGAACAGUCAGGAUGGCUAUCUAGCUGGCUCCCUGCCUGGUGCCCUACAUCACUUGUACACCUUAAAGAUGCUGAAGAGAAAAUCUUGAAAUGUAUUACAAGUACUUACAGUAAACAAUAUGUAUACCUAUCCAAUGGAAAUAAAAUAUGGACACUUACAUUUUCUCAGAACCUUUCACAGAAAACUCCACUUGUUCUUCUUCAUGGGUUUGGAGGUGGUGUUGGACUUUGGGCUCUCAACUUCGAAGAUCUUUGUGAAAAUAGGACUGUAUAUGCAUUUGAUUUCUUGGGAUUUGGUCGCAGUAGUAGACCACAGUUUGACACUGAUGCAGAGGUGGCAGAAAAUCAAUUUGUAGAAUCUAUUGAAGAAUGGAGACGGAAAAUAGGAUUGGAUAGAAUGAUUUUACUUGGACACAACUUGGGUGGCUUCCUGGCAGCUGCUUACUCACUAAAAUACCCAUCAAGAGUAAAGCAUCUUCUGUUAGUGGAACCAUGGGGUUUUCCAGAAAGGCCUUCCAAUGCUGAGCAUGAGAGGACUAUUCCAAUAUGGAUCAAAGCACUUGGAGCUAUCUUGAGUCCAUUUAAUCCAUUAGCUGGUCUCAGAAUAGCUGGACCUUUUGGAUUGAGCCUGGUACAACGUAUAAGGCCAGACUUUAAGAGAAAGUAUUCAUCUAUGUUUGAUGAUGAUACAGUCACUGAAUAUAUUUAUCACUGUAAUGUGCAAUCACCAAGUGGUGAAACUGCUUUCAAGAACAUGACAGUUCCGUAUGGAUGGGCAAAAAGGCCAAUGCUGCAGAGAAUUGUUCAUAUGCAUCAAGACAUACCUAUCACUGUGAUUUAUGGAGCAAGGUCCUGUAUAGAUGGCAAUUCUGGAGCCACCAUCCAGUCCCUGCGACCAAAUUCUUAUGUGAAAACAAUAGCUAUCCUUGGUGCAGGUCAUUAUGUAUACGCGGAUCAACCUGAAGAUUUCAACCAGAAAAUAAAUGAGAUCUGCAAUUCUGUGGACUGAAAAGGUUUUGCUUUUUGAAAAAAGAGGCUGUAAAUAUAAAUCAAAGUAAUACUUUAUAGUAUAUUAUUAAAAAGUUAAGGAAAAGCUGAAAAAAUAACCAAUUUUCUAUGUACUCUUUCAUUUAAAAUAUUUUCUCACUUAAAACUAUGCAGUUCCUUUUAUUAUAAUGGGCAGAUUUAAAAAUAGUUGUACAUUUUAUUUUGAUUCUGUCUCUGUAUGUUUUGGGGAAACAUAUUUCAAUGUGUAUUAAAAUAUUUUAAAACUGGAAUUUUAAAAGUUAAGUUUUGCAAAAUUAUAACAUUUAAUUUGUAAGAAUUUCAAUAGCAAAAUUACAGUUUCGCUAUUUCUUGCAGUAUCCAUAUACUGCAGUCUUCAUAAAAAGAUGAAAAAAUUACUGAGGAUUGAAUCAGAAGAUUGCAUAUAGGAUGUUAUUUCAUUGAAUUUAUGUGGAAUUUGCCAAAAUAAUAUUAACAAGCACUCAGGAAAAAGACCACAAAUAGGAAGGGAAGUUGGGGGAAAAUUCUGUGGUUUUUUUUUUUUUUUGGCUCUUGUAAAUAUUGUUUUAACUGUGCUAAUGAUUGAAUGCUAAAUGUCCUAUGUUCUAAGGUAGUAAUACCUUAGGAUAUCUAAGUUCUAAGGUACCAAUAUUCUUCCACUUGUUUUUAAAGAGUUGCAUAAUAGAGUGGAUUUGAAAUUUUUGACACUGAUAAUUGCAAAAUAUAUUGAUGAGCUGAUUCUCAAUUUUUACAUGCAACUAAAAUUCAGUCAUAUAGACCAUGGAUAAAGUACUGUGGUAAUUAGUAUUUGGAUGAAUAUGUAUUUUCUUAUUUUUGGAAUGUUGAGCCAGACUAAUUGUAAAACAAUAUAAUCUUGUCAAAAUUAGGUAUCUUAGAAAAAGGUAUAUUUAAUUAAAUAAAAGAAAUGAAUCUGGAAAUGUUAUCUUACCUCAGAAUUUUAAAAAUAAAGUAUUUUAAUGCAGUAUUUUAAAGAGU